CCCAUGUGCACCCAGAGCAGCGCUUCUCACAGGCAGCAGGGUCGCCAUGAGCCUCCGAGGGGAGCAGGUGCGCAGCUUCCUGGACGAGAACCCUGACUUUGCCCACCAGUACUUUGGGAAGAAGCUGAGCCCCGAGAAUGUGGCUGGGGCCAGCGAGCAGGGGCUUCUUAUGGACUGCAGCAGCCUGCGGGAGCUGUGCCAGGUGGAGGAGAGCAUGGCCCUGUUCGAGCUGGUGCAGGACAUGCAGGAGAGUGUCAACAUGGAGCGUGUAGUCUUCAAGAUCCUGCGGCGCCUCUGCACCAUCUUGCAGGCUGACUGCUGCAGCCUCUUCAUGUACCGGCAGCGCAAUGGUGUUGCCGAGUUGGCCACACGGCUCUUCAGCGUGCAGCCGGGCAGCACCCUGGAGGAGUGCCUGGUGCCCCCUGACUCUGAGAUCGUCUUCCCUCUGGACAUUGGGGUCGUGGGCCAUGUGGCCCACACCAAGAAGAUGGUGAAUGUUCAAGAUGUGGCAGAGUGUCCCCACUUCAGCUCUUUUGCUGAUGAGCUCACCGAUUACGUCACAAAGAAUAUCCUGGCUGUACCCAUCAUGAAUGGCAAAGAUGUCGUGGCUGUGAUAAUGGCUGUGAACAAGCUUGAUGGUCCGUGCUUCACAAGCGAAGACGAAGACGUUUUCUUAAAGUACCUAAAUUUUGCUACAUUAAACCUGAAGAUCUAUCACUUGAGCUACCUCCACAACUGCGAGACGCGCCGAGGCCAGGUGCUGCUGUGGUCAGCCAACAAGGUGUUUGAGGAGCUGACAGACAUCGAGAGGCAGUUCCACAAGGCCUUCUACACCGUGCGGGCCUAUCUGAACUGUGAUCGCUACUCAGUGGGGCUCCUAGACAUGACCAAAGAGAAGGAAUUCUUUGACGUGUGGCCUGUGCUGAUGGGGGAAGCCCAGCCGUACUCAGGCCCACGCACUCCUGAUGGGCGGGAAAUCGUCUUCUACAAGGUCAUCGACUACAUCCUCCAUGGCAAGGAGGACAUCAAAGUCAUUCCCACUCCACCAGCAGAUCACUGGGCCCUGGCCAGUGGCCUUCCAACCUAUGUGGCAGAAAGUGGUUUUAUUUGUAACAUCAUGAAUGCCUCUGCUGAUGAAAUGUUCAAAUUUCAGGAGGGGCCCCUGGAUGACUCUGGGUGGGUCAUCAAGAAUGUGUUGUCCAUGCCCAUCGUCAACAAGAAGGAGGAGAUUGUGGGUGUUGCAACAUUUUACAACAGGAAGGAUGGGAAGCCAUUUGAUGAACAGGACGAAGUCCUCAUGGAGUCCCUGACACAGUUCCUGGGCUGGUCAGUGAUGAACACUGACACCUAUGACAAGAUGAACAAGCUGGAGAAUCGCAAGGACAUCGCCCAGGACAUGGUCCUUUACCACGUGAAGUGUGACAAGGACGAAAUCCAGGCAAUCCUGCCAACCAGGGAACGUCUGGGGAAGGAGCCAGCUGACUGUGAAGAGGAUGAGCUGAGGCAAAUCUUGAAGGAAGAACUGCCAGGGCCCAGCAAGUUUGACAUCUAUGAGUUCCACUUCUCUGACCUGGAGUGCACUGAACUGGAGCUGGUCAAAUGUGGCAUCCAGAUGUACUAUGAACUGGGUGUGGUCCGCAAGUUCCAGAUCCCCCAGGAGGUCCUGGUUCGGUUCCUGUUCUCCAUCAGCAAAGGGUACCGAAGAAUCACCUACCACAACUGGCGCCACGGCUUUAAUGUGGCCCAGACGAUGUUCACGCUGCUCAUGACUGGCAAGCUGAAGAGCUACUACACAGACCUGGAGGCCUUUGCCAUGGUGACAGCCGGUCUGUGCCACGACAUUGACCACCGUGGCACCAACAACCUGUACCAGAUGAAGUCCCAGAAUCCCUUAGCCAAGCUCCAUGGCUCCUCAAUUUUGGAACGGCACCACCUGGAGUUUGGGAAGUUCCUGCUUUCCGAGGAGAGCCUGAACAUCUACCAGAACCUGAACCGGCGUCAGCACGAGCACGUGAUCCACCUCAUGGACAUCGCCAUCAUCGCCACAGACCUGGCACUCUACUUCAAGAAGAGGACCAUGUUCCAGAAGAUUGUGGAUGAGUCCAAGAACUAUGAGGACAAGAAGAGUUGGGUGGAGUACCUGUCCCUGGAGACAACACGGAAGGAGAUCGUCAUGGCAAUGAUGAUGACAGCCUGUGACCUGUCUGCCAUCACCAAGCCCUGGGAAGUCCAGAGCAAGGUCGCUCUUCUGGUGGCUGCUGAGUUCUGGGAACAAGGAGACUUGGAAAGGACAGUCUUGGAUCAGCAGCCCAUUCCUAUGAUGGACAGGAACAAGGCAGCCGAGCUCCCCAAGCUGCAGGUUGGCUUCAUCGACUUCGUGUGCACCUUUGUGUACAAGGAGUUUUCCCGUUUCCAUGAAGAGAUCCUGCCCAUGUUUGAACGGCUACAGAACAACAGAAAGGAGUGGAAGGCACUGGCCGAUGACUACGAGGCCAAAGUGAAGGCCCUAGAGGAGGAGAAGAAGAAAGAGGAGGAGAGGACGGCCAAGAAAGUGGGCACAGAAGUCUGCAAUGGUGGCCCAGCACCCAAGUCGUCAACCUGCUGUAUCCUGUGAGCACCAGCACUGUGGGAACUGAUGCUCCCAAUCUACUCACACACUAGGACUCAGGCCCUGCCUCUGGCAGCUUGAUACAAGAGGUUAGGAAGACCAAAAAAAUGACUGAAAAUAACUUUGGAUAUUUUGGGGUUUUUUUUUUU